AUGCCACCAAAUGAAUUCCACCGUGCUAGACACGUCGCGGGCGCCGAAAGGACGUAUCACGCCAUAGACACAGUAAGGGUCGACGACCUCGACGAAGCGGCAAACUACCUCAACUCUCUGCAUCCUAACGGGCUACCGCCGUACUCGUUGACGUUAAAGGUCGGUCCGAUCGUCAUAUUGCUAAGAAACAUCGAUCCGAGGCGACAACUGUGCAACGGGAUGAGGUUGGUGGUCACCGAACUGCGGCGACACAACUUCGAGGCGAGAAUGUUGUCCGGCGCCGACGACGCGCAGGACAUCAUCUUACCCGCCGUCUCGUUGACUUCCGGUGAGGAAGACGAUUUGCCUUCUCAAAUGAAGCUAAUUCGAUUCCCGGUACGGUUGUCGUUUUCCAUGACAAUCAAUAAGUCUCAGGGUCAAACGUUCGACCGAGUCGGUUUGCUUCUGCCGUCGCCUGCCUUCAGCCACGGACCACUUACUGUACGUUGCGUUUUCAAGAGUGAGUGA